CGGAGAUCAAAGAAAGGUCGCCCUUGUUGCCCGCGCACAGUCUACAAGCAGAAUACUCUAAUAACUAUAAGGAAAGCCUUGAUACCCAAGGUGAAGAAACAAUCCCUCGGGAAGCUGUAUUCAAAGUCUACAAACGAAGAUGGUACAUUCUCACUCUUUACACUGCAAUCGCUUUAAACUGUAACAUGGCGUGGAAUGCCUGGGGACCGAUAUCGGAGCCUUGUAAAAUCAUAUUUGGCUGGGGAAAUUGGCAGGUUUUGUUCCUUGCGAGUUGGGCUGCCACUUCGUUAAUCUUGAGCGCUGUCCCUUCGACUUAUCUCAUGGAUAUGAAAGGUCUAAGAAAAUCAGUCAUAUCAUGCGCUUCCCUACUGACUGCUGGCAAAGUAUUCCAAGUUAUUCCAUCCAGUGAUCCACUAACAAGAACCAUCCUGUUAAACAUUGGUCAAUGCAUCUCUAUGUUGAGCACUCCUGUCGGACUAGGAGCACCUCCAUCGAUCUCCGCAACGUGGUUCCCUCCAGAAGAGCGUACAACUGCAACAGCUAUCUCAACACUAGUGGCAUACAUUGGGCUUCCUGUGGCGUUCAUUAUUGGUCCAUAUAUGGUCCAAAUACUUGAGAUAACUUAUUCACCUCAAACGAACAAUACUAUGAAUUUAAAUGUUAGUAUUUCUAAUUAUACUAAAGUUUAUGACAUAGACGCAAUGAGCUCUGACCUAACCAAGCAUAUGGGCGUACAUUUAGGUAUAAGUAUGUUUCUAUUGGUCUGCGCAUUGCUGUAUUUCCCGGACAAGCCACCCUUGCCGCCAUGUGAGACGUCAGGUGGCCCUCCUCAUGAAUAUGGUGAAAGUAUCCAAGCACUUCUCUUCGAUCGAUCAUACUUGCACUUAGUCGUUAUAUUUGCUUUAAGCUAUGGGGUUUACUUUGGCUGGAUCUCUGUGUUAGCGUUGGCUGUUAAGCCGUUUGGUGUCGAUGAGUCGUUGGCUGGUUGGCUUGGUGCUUCGGCCACUACAGCUGGGAUCUUUUCUGGAUUAUGUCUGGCAAGGUGA